CUGAUGUGAAUGUACAAUAUAUAUGUAAAGUGCGGUGUAAAUUGACAGCGCUAUAGAAGUGCAGGUGGUAAAUCAUCAGGGAACAGGGGUGGACUGACAACUCAUGGGGCCCCCGGGCAAUAGGGGAUCAUGGGGCCCCUGUGUCCUUGCCCAAACUCAAAAAAACCCUAUGAAAAAGGUACCUGGGGCAUCUCGUGGGGCCCCCUACUGACCCCGGGCCCUCGGGCAGUGCCCGAGUUUCCAAAUGGUCAGUCCGCCCCUGUCAGGGAA